AUGAUCGAGAAUUUAGUCAAAGACGGAGCAGAGGCAGCUAGACUGGCAUUUUCAUCUUCGGUGGAAACUCCCAUUCUUCCCCUCCCAAAAGAGCGACUAUCCCUCUCGCACCGCCUCAAUUGUUUCUUCCGACUCUGGUUGCUCAAAUUCCUCGCGACCCUCUACUUCCUCUACCUCCGCCUCUUCCAUCCUCCUCAACCGGGCACUCAACCCACACUCACCAAGCGCUACGCCUGCCGCCCAACUCUGGAAACUCGCAUCUUCUAUCCACGAUCUUACAACCCCGCCGAGCGCCAACUCCUCCCCCUCUACCUAAACAUCCACGGCGGUGGCUUUGUAAUGUGCGAUGCCACCGUCGACGAUUCCUUCUGUAGUAGUUGGGCCAAUCGUACUGGAAUGCUAGUCGUCAGCCUUAACUAUCGCAAAGCGCCGCUCCACCCCUUCCCGACUGCCACAUUUGAUGUUGCCGAGGUAGCCAAGUAUGUGUUAGCCGAUGAAUCUCUCCCAAUCGAUCACUCUCGGAUCGCCAUCGGUGGCUUCAGCGCGGGCGGAAAACUUGCACUGUCUGCCUCACAAUGUCCCGGUCUGAAAGGCCUGGUCAAAGCAGCGGUAAUAUACUAUCCAAUCGUGGAUUUUGGUCACCCGCCCAACGAAAAGCUGGAUUCAAGACCAUAUAAAAAUGGUCCAAAUGAUUCGCUGGAAAAGACAUCCUGGUGGCUGGACUGGGGGUAUGUGCGUGUAGGGCAGAACCGGAGGGAUCCAUUACUCAGUCCAUUGUACGCGGGGAAGCAUGAGCUACCGCCAUGGAUUUAUAUGAUUGGGGCACAGUGGGAUAUGCUCCGAUUGGAGUCUCAGGAGAUGAUUCACCGGUUGGCCGGGUUGGACGAUAGAGUUGGGGUUGAGCAAGAGGAGGACUUCGAGGUGGGCAAGUAUAAGUGGACCUUGGCAAGGGGUUGUCCGCAUGGGUUUACCCACGCAUCGCCGGGACGGAAGAAGGGGGGUAACAGUAAGAUGAGGAGAGAGGAGGUUACGCAGGGGAUUUAUGCGGAGGCCCAUAAGUGGUUGAAAAAGUCUCAGGUGCUUUCUUAG